AUGCCCCCGUCCCCUCCGUCCGAGAGGGAGGCCAUGUUAUACUAUGUUGGUCUGCCCUCUACCCCGCUCCUGGUCGCUCGCACUGGCUCCACUCCCUGGGAGGAAGUUUAUGGCCCAUGGGGGCACAACGUUCGCAAGGACCUCCGCGUCGUCGGCAACCACCUGAUCCAGGACGUCUGGGAAGACAAUCUGGCUCUCAAGGUCAUGGACCUUCUGGACUCGAUGAAGGUGAAGUGGACUAGCCUUGACGUCGUCCGCAUCGGGAUAGUUGAAGAGGAUUUCGCCCCUGUUAUCCUAUGGAUCGGCGUGAUCCCCACAUCUCUCUCGGGCGAAGAUGGCGUCGUCGCGGCCUACAAGUGCCACGAGCUUCUUGUGGAGUCCAAUAUCACCGACGUCGACGUCGAGAUCCGCGAGUCGGUCGUUACCCGCUCGGGCGGUCCCAAGCUCCUCAAGCCAGACUUCUACUCUUCCAAGCUCAUCGUAGAUGUCCACGAACCUCUGACCACUACGCUCGGUCUCCCCAUCUGUGCCCAGUCUAUGCCUUGGUGUGAGGGUAUGGGGGGCUUCUUUAUUACCGAAGGCGGGAAUACCCAGAGGCUCCUCCUUGUCACUGCUCGCCACGUCCUCUUCACGCGGGACAUGGACGAGAACAAGCACUCCGAGCGUACGGACGACAGCGAGCCGCGUUAUAACGUCGUGCUCUUUGGCGAUGCUGCGUUCAACAAGUACGUCGAAUUCAUCAAGAAUGAGAUCAGAGACCAAGGAAUUAACGCCGAUUAUCGUGAGCGAGGUAUUCGGCGGCUUGAGGGGAGGGACGACCCAGCAGCAAACGAGGCACGUGAGCGUGUCCAGUACGAGGUGCACGCGGCGAAGAGGGCGAUAGAAGAGCUCAACGCCUUUUACCAGAACGUUGCGACUCAGUGGGCCACCCCGGAGAGCCGCGUUCUUGGCCACGUCGUCCUCUCUCCUCCCAUCAACGCUGGCGAGGGUUACACCGAGGACUGGGCCAUCAUCGAGAUCGACACCUCCAAGGUGGACGCGAGCAACUUUGAAGGCAAUGCGAUCGACCUCGGGACCCGCAUCUCAAUCUACGACCUCAUCCGUAUGAUGAACCCCAAGCCCCCGCAUGACCAUCCCUUCGAAUAUCCAUUUGACCGACUUCUGCGGCUCGAGGGCACGAUUCCGGACGAGGAGAUGCGGCACCCGACCACGCUCGACAAGAACGAUGAGCCGUGCCUUGUGGUGCUCAAGCGCGGCAACACCACCGGCCUGACUGUCGGCCGUGCCAACAAUGUUUUCUCCUAUGCCCGUACCGACUACCACAAUGACGACAGAGCCGAGGCGUCCAAGGAAUGGGCGAUACUCCCGUUCGACUCCAAGUCACACGCGUUCUCGAAGACGGGCGACUCAGGUUCUGUCAUCGUCGACGGUCUCGGACGCAUUGGCGGCCUCCUCACUAGUGGUAGCAGUGCCAAGCCUUCCUCGGACAUCAACAUCACGUACGCCACACCCAUCAGCUUCCUCCUCAAGCGUAUGCAAGAAAGCGGACUCCGCGAGCUCAACGUCAACCUGGUCAGUUUCGAUGACCAGCCUCUCGUUUGA